AUGUUUUACCUUUUUAUUUUCACUUCUAUCUUGUUUGAUCUCUGUUUUAUCUUUUAAUUCUUACGUCAGCUAAAAACGUAAUUUAAAUAUUUUUCCGGUAACAGAGCAAAGAUCCUGUGAUGUGAUUGAAGCGAGUUCUCGCUCUGUCUCUUAUUUCUCCCCUCAUCCUCUCAGGCACACCGUGAUGACGUCAGAUUAUUUGCAGCUCUCUGAUUGGCUCUCUGCCGUUAAGACGACGCCACACAAAACUGCAAUGUUCAACACAGAGGUUAGCUCUGCCCCUUCACACACCUUCCUCCAAUCACCUGUCACAUCCCAUGAGGCCGAGCGUCACCACCUCAUCUCUUCCUCCCUCUGGUUGGACGACUCUGGCUGUCAAUCACUAAGCUCUGCUUAUGUCCUGCCUCCUGCUUCCUCCUCCUUUUAUGGUCAUUCAGCUGUGACUCCGCCCCCCACCUGCCUCCUCUCAACAUCUGGAUGGAACAGUUACUAUGGCAACCUUCAUGGUGAUUGGCUGAUACAUGGCAGUCUGUCAUGGGGGCGGGGCAGCUCAUCAGAGCAGCGUGAGUGUGUGAACUGUGGGACAGGCUCGACUCCCCUGUGGAGGAGGAACGCUGCAGGUCGUCACCUGUGCAACACCUGCUGCCUCCAACAGGAAACCAGCAACAGACCACUGCUGAGAGCCAAGAGGAGGGCGACUGUGACUCCGAGAAAAGGGACUCAGUGUGUCAACUGCUGGACCGAAACCACCACGCUGUGGAGACGCAACGCCACCGGACAACCUGUCUGCAACGCCUGCGGCCUCUACUACAAACUACACCAGGUACUACAAACUACUGCAAACUAC